AUGAAUGUUCAGGGAAAGGCACCUGCAGUAGGUGAGAUCAUCAAUACAGAGGUGGACUCACUAUUAUGUGAUGAUGGCAUCGCAUAUUCCACAAACGCUACUGAAAUGGAACUUUUGCAUCCUCAUGAAGCUAGUGGCCAUGAUAAGGGUACUCCAGGUAGUUCAAGUGAUGACCAUGAAAAUGAGAAUGAUGUUCUUAUCUCACGGGCAAACGAGAAUGGAGAAGCAAUUCCUGAUGAAUAUGCAUUUAUUAAGGCAGCUGCUCUAGUAAGUUGUUUUGACUUUCCUGGUUUUGGUGUUUUUGGAACAUUGCUAAUGGCAAAUGCAUGGGCAACUCACAGGGACCCAAAAGUAUCGAAUAAGCCACUAGAAUUUAUACCAGAGCAUUUUAUGGAGAAAGAAUUAGAUAUAGAGAACAUAAUGAGAGGGAAUGAUUUUGAGAUGACUCCUUUUGGGGCAGGCAGAAGAGGAUGUCCAGGGGCUUCUUUGGCAAUAUGUAUGGUACAAACAACUGUUGCAAGGUUGUUGCAGAGCUUUGAUUGGUUUGUUCCAGAUGGAAGAGUGAUUGACAUGAAUGAAGCGAUUGGCUUGACAAUGCCAAGUGCAUUGCCUUUGGAGGCUACCAUCAAGCCUCGUCUUUCUCAUCAUCUAUACCAGCAACAAGUCUAG